CUUGGUUCAAUAAUGAACAUCUCGAGUCUUUACUCCGGAACGAUCGUCGUAAAAAUGGCGACGCUCAUGAAAGCGGUGCAGGUUUCUAAGAGCGUGAAUAAUAUAACGAAACUCUUUACAAAUUUAUCUUUGACAUCGAGCAUUGUCGCUUCCCCUAAACAUGCGUUUCUUCGCCGUAUACCGGCUCUCCAUUGUGCGUUCAUACAUAUCACAUCAGAACGCCGUGACUUAAUGGAAUUUUUUGAGAACCCGGAACAUUGGGGGAAAAUGGAGAUAAAAGUUGGUCGGUCCUGGAGGAUGGAGGAAUUGAGACUGAAAAGCAACUCGGAUCUUCAUAAGUUGUGGUUUGUGUUAAUGAAGGAACGUAAUAUGCUCAUGACUAUGGAAGAAGCUUGUAAAGAAGCUUAUGAGAUUUUCCCAAAUCCUGAACGUUUAGAUAAGGUCCAAAACAGUAUGAAGAAUUUGGAGUCGGUGGUCCGUGAGAGAAAUAGAGCUUACCAUUUGCUUGAGACUGGCUACACAGGAGAGAGACCUGGGAAAAUGGUGUACAAUCCUCUAGGUCUGAAAUUUUAUUACCGAAUGAGUCAACAUUCAAUUCCAAAAUUCAUGAAUACAAGAUGGCGCAAGACGUAUCAGUUUGGCUAUGGUGGAUAUGCAGUUCGGAAGUUCCUGCGACUAUAUAGAGAAAAGUUGUGGAAUGAGAAACGCAAAGCAAAGAACCGUGAGAGAAAUCGUGCAACAACGUUACUUAGAAGAUUCCCGAAUAUGGAUCUUGAAGCUUUAAAAGAACAAUAUCCAAAUAUUGAUUUGAAAAUGGUGAAGCAAUUAAACAAAUCAAUAGGCCAUGUAGCACCUCAAUAAAUGCAUGUUAAUAUGUUAAUAGAAUAGAAAAUUGUCCAAAUAUAUAUGCGACAAAUCUGAUCAUUA